CAGCGCGUUCAUGCGUGAGGCACAUGUCGCCUUCAGUUCGGUAGUGCAUGUCUGAGAUUCUGCACUAUGACCCUCACAGAGUCAUGGGCGUUUUUAGGCUGAAACACACCGGACUUCUCGCUACCGAAGUGCACUGGGAUAACUAACAACGAGGGCCGAAUUAGGCUAUUAAUCGCUAUUUGACGUGUUCUGUUUCAACAUGACCAAUGGGAACGACUUCGUGGAGCUCGAGGAGUGCAUCAGCAAUCCGGGCUUCACGGAACAUGGCGCCGAGGAGUCCCGGGACUCCACAGAGAAGAACCGGGGAACGACCGAGGAGAACCGGGAGUCCACCGAGGAGACUCGGGACUCCACCGCUACGUCCGUUGAUCCAACAGGUGGAGGGCAGCAGGACGCUUGUACCGAGUACACGCAGAUCAAACCGUACGCCGGGAUGCCCAAAGAGGUGCUGCUGCUUUACUCCAGCCAGGCCCGGUACCGAGUCCCCCGGCAGAUCUUGUUCUGGCUCCUGAUCCUGUGCGUCCUGGCGCUGGUUGCGCUGACCAUCACGGUCAUCGCGCUGUCCCCGCCGUGCCUGGGCUGGUGGCGGGCGUCUCCGCUCUACCAGAUCUACCCCCGCUCCUUCAGGGACUCAGACGGCGACGGCGUCGGGGACCUCAAAGGUAUCAUAGAGCAGCUGUCUCACUUUGAGUACCUGAACAUUAAGUCGGUGUGGAUCAGCCCCUUCUACCGCUCGCCCAUGAGGGACUUCGGCUACGACGUGGAGGACUUCCGCGAGGUGGACCCUGUGUUUGGGACCAUGCAGGACUUUGAGGAGCUCCUGGCCCAGAUGCAUAACCGAGGAUUGAAGCUGAUCAUGGACUUUAUUCCCAACCACACCAGUGACCGCCACCGCUGGUUUAACCUGAGCCGCAGCAGAGACGAGCACUACAAAGACUACUACCUCUGGACUGACUGCAACGCAACCGCACCAAGGCCCAAUAACUGGGUGAGUGUGUUUGGUAACUCUUCGUGGACGUAUGAUGAGGUUAGAGGCCAGUGCUACCUGCACCAGUUCCUCAAAGAGCAACCCGACCUCAACUUCAGAAACCCUCAUGUCCGCCGGGAGAUGAUUGACAUUCUUAGGUUCUGGCUGGAGAAGGGAGUGGAUGGGUUCCGCAUGGCUGCAGUGAAGCGGCUCCUGGAGGCCUCACAUCUGAGAAGCGAGCCCCUUACCGACCCCAGCAAACCCCCGGAGGCCUUCCCAUCACAGUGGGAGCUCCACCACGACUACACCACCAGCCAGCUGGGGCUCCACCAGCUGCUGCAGGAGUGGAGGGCGGAGAUGGACGUGUAUAGCCGGGAGCCAGGCAGAUAUCGGUUCAUGGUGACAGAGUCGUAUGAUCACGAAGAGGUGGACAAGACCAUGAUGUACUAUGGUAGCCCGCUGGUUAAAGAGAGCGACUUCCCCUUUAACUUCUACCUCCUGGACCUGCCCCGCAACCCCAGUGGCUUGUGGGUCCAGCAUCUGGUGCUGCUCUGGAUGAGCAAUAUGCCCGCUGGACGGUGGCCCAACUGGGUGGUUGGGAACCACGACAACGGCCGCAUCGCCUCCAGCGCUGGGCGGGGCUAUACGCGCGUCAUCAACAUGCUGAUUCUCACCCUGCCCGGCACACCCACCACCUACUACGGAGAGGAGAUCGGCAUGGAGAACAUUAACAUCCCACACAGCCAAAUACAGGACCCGGCCGGCAAAUACAACCCGAGUGCUGGCCGAGACCCCCAGCGAUCCCCCAUGCAGUGGACUGGGGACAUGAACGCAGGCUUCAGCAACGUCACAAACGCCACCUGGCUGCCUGUCCAUCCUGACUACAGCAGCGUCAACGUGGAGACCCAGAAGGCGGACAGCGGCUCGGUCCUGGCUCAGUACCGCCUCCUGAGCCGCCUGCGUCAGUCGGAGCUCCCACUGCAGCGCGGCUGGUUCUGCCCCGUCCACGCUGACACCAACGUCUUCUCCUUCCUCCGGGAGCUUGACGGCCUCGACCACGCCUUCCUCGUCCUGCUCAACUUUGGCAAAGAGGCCACCGUCACAGACCUGUCGGCGGUAGCCGAGCUCCCUGAUUGGCUGACGGUUGUCAUGACCACGGCGUCCGGGGCCGGUGGCAGGCGGCUCCCCAAGGCCUCCCUACCGAGCGAGGCCGGGGAGGGCCUGGUGCUGCAGUACUCCAGCGGGCGGCGCUACCACGCACGGCCCGACGCGCGCUGCUUCGUCUCAGAGAAGGCCUGCUACCUGCGGGUCGUCAACCUGCUCUAUAAAUGCUAGCACCAGAUGCCAUGGCAACGGCGGGCUACUUAUACUUAGUAUAUGCUACACGUGAACCUCCUAAGAUGGCGCAAUUUCAUUGGUUCGCUAUCGCGGGAUCAUGGGCAAUAUCCCAUGAUUGAGAUCUCAAACUCGGGAUAUUUUUUUCAUAAUAAAAUGUCCCGCUUUGCAACGCUAAUAAGACAAAUAAACCGCAAAAAAGUAAAUACAAAAUCCCGGCAAAAAGUUGUAUCUUAAUUAUUUUUUGAGUGUUCACGUGUAGUAUAUACUAAAACAAUUAUUCACCUCAGGCUGCGUGAAUAGUGGGAAAUAGCUAUUCCCCACUAUUCACUUUGCCUUUGGCGAAUAACUGUUUAAUAGUCAAUGGAUAGAAGAGAUGUGAGGCACAUGUAAUGCUUAACUGGACCCAAAUUGAAAGCACUCAAUUUUUUUUUUUAUUACUUUAAUGUAAAAAGAAUAGUCAUUUCUGUUUGAAAAUUCAGGUUAAAGGUCCCAUGACCUGCCAGCAGGUGUGGUGUGAUUAGCCGUUACAUGCCGUUUUAAAAAUCGGUCUCUUAUGAAAUCACACGUGGGCGUGUUUACCUAGAUGUGUAACGGAUAGAUGAGCAACAGUUGCUACAGUCCAAUGGAUAGGCUGGUAGACUGAUCUAUCCAGUACAUAGCUAGGUGAACACGCCCACCUGUGAUGUCAACAGAGACAGAUUUUCUUCUUCGGCUUGUAACAGCUAAUCACACCACACCUGGUGGCAUGUCAUGGUACCUUUUAAAGAAAAAGUUCAUUGUACAACCUACAGAAUAAAGGCUACCACUGGAUAA